UAUAUAUCCUCAAUCUUCUACCGCUGCACUCACUCUUAACAAGCAAAAGCCAAAGGGUUUGUGUUUGUAGAGAGAAAGAAAGAAAAAACCAUCUCAAAAUUUAUUAAAAACAAAAAUUGCAUACAACAAGUUCAACUUUCAAACUCCAAUUACAUACUGAAUUCAAUCUAGAGCAAUGGAGAAGACGAAUAGUAUGGAGAAGAAAACUCCUAGCAGGCAUCCUAGUAAGCGAGCGAACAUGAGCAGAAACAUAAGCAGGAGCUUGAGCAAAGUGGAAGAUGUGUUUUUAGGUGGCAGCAGAUACUCGAGAAGGAGCAGUCGAAGAGCUGAAGAAGAUGAAGAAGCUCUAAAAUGGGCUGCCAUAGAGAAGUUGCCAACCUAUAGUAGGUUGAGAACAGCACUCAUGGAAUCUUACGUGGACAAUGAUGGAUCCGUGGCUGUGCAUAAAGAAGUUGAUGUGAGCAAGCUUGAUAUGAAUGAUAGACAGAUGUUUAUUAAUAAGAUUUUUAAGGUUGCAGAAGAAGAUAAUGAGAAGUUCCUGAAAAAAUUUAGAAAGAGAAUUGACAAGGUUGGGAUUCAGCUUCCGACUGUGGAAGUUAGGUACGAGCAUUUAACUGUUGAAACCGAUUGCCAGAUUGGCAGCAGAGCUCUACCUACUCUUCCAAAUGCGGCUAGGAACAUUGCAGAAUCAGCCAUUGGUAUGCUUGGAAUCAAUUUAACUAAGACAACAAAGCUCACUAUCCUUAAAGAUGCCUCCGGCAUUUUAAAACCAUCAAGGAUGACUCUCUUACUAGGUCCCCCAUCUUCCGGGAAAACGACACUUUUGCUAGCACUGGCAGGAAAGCUGGAUCCAAGCCUGAAGGUUAGUGGAAAUAUAACAUAUAAUGGGUAUAAGCUGAAUGAAUUUGUGCCUCGAAAGACAUCUGCAUAUAUUAGCCAAAAUGAUGUUCAUGUUGGAGUAAUGACAGUAAAAGAAACACUAGAUUUCUCAGCAAGAUGCCAAGGGAUCGGGUAUCGAUAUGAUCUUUUAAGUGAGCUUGCAAGAAGAGAGAAGGAUGCAGGAAUAUUUCCUGAGAAAGAAGUAGAUCUUUUCAUGAAGGCAACUGCUAUGGAAGGAGCUGAAAGCAAUCUCUUUACAGAUUACACUCUCAAACUUUUAGGACUUGAUAUAUGCAAGGACACCAUUGUUGGAGAUGAAAUGCUUCGAGGGAUAUCUGGUGGUCAGAAGAAGAGGGUGACAACAGGAGAAAUGAUUGUUGGGCCUACAAAAACACUAUUUAUGGAUGAGAUAUCAACGGGUUUAGAUAGCUCUACAACAUAUCAAAUAGUGAAGUGCCUGCAUCAGAUUGUGCACUUAACUGAGGCAACAGUGUUGAUGUCCUUACUCCAGCCUCCUCCUGAGACAUUUGAUCUGUUUGACGAUGUCAUUCUUGUAUCAGAAGGUCGAAUUGUCUAUCAGGGCCCAAGAGAAUGCAUUCUUGAAUUUUUUGAGAGCUGUGGCUUCCAUUGCCCUGAAAGAAAGGGAACCGCUGAUUUCUUGCAAGAGGUUACUUCAAAGAAAGACCAAGAGCAGUACUGGGCAGAUAGAAAUAAACCAUACAGAUACAUAUCAGUCCCUGAAUUUGCAGAAAAGUUCAAGAGCUUCCAUGUUGGUGUGCAGCUACACAAUGAGCUAUUAGUGCCAUUUGACAAGUCUCGAGGCCAUCCAGCAGCUCUAGCAUUCUCAAAAUUCUCAGUGCCAACAAUGGAUCUGCUCAAGGCUUGUUGGGAUAAGGAAUGGCUUCUGAUUAAGAAAAAUUCUGUAGUUUUUGUCUCGAAGACUAUCAAGAUUGUUGUUGUUGCAGCUAUAACGUCUACAGUAUUCAUUAAGCCAAGAAUGCAUACUAGGAAUGAAGAAGAUGGAACAUUAUUUGUAGGUGCACUUUUAUUUGCUAUGGUCACGAACAUGUUUAAUGGUUUUGCUGAGCUUGCUCUGAUGAUCACAAGACUUCCAGUAUUUUACAAGCAAAGAGACCUUCUUUUUCAUCCACCUUGGACUUUCACUCUUCCAACUUUCCUGCUAACAUUGCCAAUGUCCAUUAUAGAGUCUAUUGUUUGGGUGUGUAUCUCUUAUUACUCCAUUGGAUUUGCUCCUGAAGCUAGCAGGUUCUUCAAGCAUAUGCUCUUGGUAUUUCUGACCCAACAAAUGGCUUCAGGAAUCUUUAGACUCAUUGCUGGAGUUUGCAGGACUAUGAUCAUUGCCAACACUGGCGGUGCACUUGUUCUCCUCCUUAUUUUCUUGCUUGGAGGCUUCAUUCUACCUAAAGAACAAAUUCCAAACGGUUGGGAGUGGGCUUAUUGGAUUUCGCCGAUGAGUUAUGGUUACAAUGCCUUAACUGUUAAUGAAAUGUAUGCUCCAAGGUGGAUGAACAGACUGGCUUCAGACAAUACUACCAAAUUAGGCAUAGCAGUGCUUGAAGACUUGGGUGUUUUCCAGAACGAGAAUUGGUAUUGGAUUGGUGCAGGUGCUCUCCUAGGAUUUGCAAUUCUUUUCAAUGUCCUAUUCACCUUUGCUCUGAUGUACUUGAGCCCUCCUGAAAAGAAGCAAGCAAUAAUCUCUGAGGAAACAGCUGUGGAAAUGGAGGGUGAGGAAGACUCAAAAGGUGAACCGAGACUAAGAGUAAGCAAGUCACAAAAAGAAUCAUUGCCCCAGUCAUUAACUUCUGCUGAUGGAAACAAUACAAGAGAAUUGGAAAUUCAAAGAAUGAGCAGUCCACAAAAUCCUAGUGGACUAACUAUAAAUGCUGAUUCAUCUAUUGAGGCAGCUAAUGGUGCUCCUCCCAAGAAAGGCAUGGCUCUUCCUUUCACUCCAUUAGCAAUGUCCUUCGAAAAUGUCAAGUAUUUCGUGGAUAUGCCUGAUGAAAUGAAGCAGCAAGGAGUUGGAGAUGACAGGCUCCAACUACUUAGGGAUGUCACAGGUGCAUUCAGGCCCGGAGUCCUAACGGCACUAAUGGGAGUUAGUGGAGCUGGAAAGACAACAUUGAUGGAUGUUCUAGCAGGAAGAAAAACAGGUGGAUAUAUCGAAGGUGAUAUUAGAAUUUCAGGAUAUCCCAAGAAUCAAGAUACCUUUGCCAGAAUUUCCGGAUACUGUGAACAAGGUGAUCUCCACUCACCUCAAGUUACAGUUAGAGAAUCCUUGAUCUAUUCUGCAUUCCUCCGCCUUCCUGCAGAAGUUAGCAAAGAGGAAAAGAUGAGUUUUGUCGAUCAAGUGUUGGAAUUGGUAGAGCUAGAUAAUCUCAAAGAUGCUAUAGUUGGCCUUCCUGGAGUCACAGGAUUGUCAACAGAGCAAAGAAAAAGGUUGACAAUUGCAGUGGAGCUUGUUGCUAAUCCUUCAAUUAUUUUCAUGGACGAACCAACUUCUGGUCUUGACGCAAGAGCAGCUGCCAUUGUUAUGAGGGCUGUGAGAAACACUGUGGAUACGGGAAGAACCGUUGUCUGCACAAUCCACCAGCCUAGCAUUGACAUAUUUGAAGCCUUCGACGAGUUGCUACUAAUGAAAAGAGGAGGACAAGUGAUAUACUUAGGACCAUUAGGUCGAAAUUCCCAAAAGAUUGUUCAAUACUUUGAGGCAAUUCCCGGAGUUCCCAAAAUCACAGAGAAGGACAAUCCAUCAACAUGGAUGCUAGAAGUGAGCUCUGUGGCCGCAGAAGUCCGGCUUGGAAUGGACUUUGCAGAAUACUACAAGUCAUCAUCCUUGUGCCAGAGAAACAAGGAUUUAGUGGAAGAGUUAGCCUUGCCGCCACCAGGAGCAAAAGACCUUUAUUUUGCCACGCAGUAUUCUCAAUCUUCAUGGGGGCAGUUCAAGAAUUGCCUCUGGAAGCAAUGGUGGAGUUACUGGAGAAGUCCCGACUAUAAUCUUGUCAGAAACUUCUUCACUUUGGUUGCUGCACUUAUGGUUGGAACUGUAUUCUGGAAAGUCGGUACUAAAAAGGAUAGCGCGAGUGCUCUGAAUACGAUCAUUGGAGCCAUGUAUUCAGCUGUCAUAUUCAUUGGCAUCAACAAUUGCUCAACGGUACAACCCAUAAUAGCAAUUGAAAGGACUGUGUUUUAUAGGGAAAGAGCAGCUGGAAUGUACUCUGAAUUACCUUAUGCUCUUGCCCAGGUUGUUUGUGAAAUACCUUAUGUCUUGUUUCAGACUGUGUAUUAUACGCUUAUAGUGUAUGCUAUGGUAGCCUUUGAAUGGACAGCAGCCAAAUUUUUCUGGUUCUUCUUUAUCUCCUUCUUCUCCUUCCUCUACUUCACAUACUACGGAAUGAUGACUGUUUCCGUCACGCCAGACCUCCAAGUCGCCUCCAUCUUUGCAGCAACAUUUUAUGGACUUUUCAAUCUCUUCUCAGGAUUUUUCAUCCCUCGACCGAGAAUUCCCAAAUGGUGGGUUUGGUAUUAUUGGAUUUGCCCAGUGGCAUGGACAGUUUAUGGACUGAUUGUGUCACAGUACCAUGAUGAUGAAGCCCGCAUUAAAGUUCCUGGUGUCUCAACUGAUAUAAGGAUUAGGGACUAUAUUCAGGAGCAUUAUGGGUAUGAGCCAAACUUCAUGGGACCAGUUGCUGCUGUAUUGGUUGCCUUCACUGUCUUCUUUGCUUUUAUUUAUGCCUAUGCCAUAAAGACACUGAACUUCCAAACCAGAUAGAGUGAUGUUACCAAAACAAUUUUCAUGCGGCAUGCUUUGAGAAAUGUACUUGUAUAUAUGAAAGAUGCUACAAUCUAAUAAAGAUCAAGAAGUUCAA